AUGGUGAUGGAAUCCCCAGUUCAAAUUUUUCGUGAGGGAUCAGAUCAUCUGCCUGUGAGUACUACUUGCUCACCUAGUUGUGCACCUGCAUGUUCUUCAAGCUGUUAUUCUAACUCCAGUUGGAUUCUUGGCUUGGGAGACUUUGAAAAUGGAAGUGAGUAUUCUGACUCUCCCACUUAUGGAAGCAACCAUACCAGCAUUUCUCCUACAAUAUCAGUGAUCAUUACAGCUGUCUACUCUAUGGUGUUUGUGGUUGGACUGGUGGGCAAUGCUCUAGUGAUGUUUGUGAUAAUCAGGUAUACAAAAAUGAAGACGGCAACCAACAUUUAUAUUUUUAAUCUGGCGCUGGCUGAUGCACUAGUGACCACCACAAUGCCUUUCCAAAGCACUGCGUUCCUUAUGGGCUCCUGGCCUUUUGGAGAUGUGAUCUGUAAAAUUGUUGUUUCUAUUGACUAUUAUAACAUGUUUACCAGCAUCUUCACCUUAACCAUGAUGAGUGUUGAUCGAUAUAUUGCUGUUUGUCAUCCUGUAAAGGCUUUGGAUUUCCGUACACCUCUAAAAGCCAAAUGUAUCAAUGUAUGCAUCUGGAUUUUAUCCUCCUCUGUUGGAAUAUCUGCAAUUGUUCUUGGAGGCACCAAAAUUUCUGAUGGUUCAACAGAAUGUGCCCUUCAGUUUCCCAGCCACUAUUGGUACUGGGAUACUGUAAUGAAAAUCUGUGUGUUUAUCUUUGCAUUUAUAAUACCUGUAUUUAUUAUAACAAUCUGCUAUACUUUAAUGAUAUUACGUCUCAAAAAUGUCCGUUUACUUUCUGGAUCCCGUGAAAAAGAUAGAAAUCUCCGUCGUAUAACACGACUUGUACUUGUGGUCGUUGCUGUAUUCAUUGUUUGCUGGACCCCUAUUCACAUUUUUGUGCUGGUAGAGGCACUAGUAGAUGUACCCCAAAAUAUUGCAGUUAUUUCUAUUUAUUAUUUUUGCAUUGCUUUGGGCUAUACGAACAGUAGCAUGAAUCCAAUAUUGUAUGCUUUCUUGGAUGAAAAUUUCAAAAGAUGCUUCAAAGACUUUUGCUUCCCAUCAAAACUCCGACUGGACCGUCAAGGAACCAGCAGAGUUGGAAACAUAGUGCAAGACCAAACAUUCACAAGGGGAAGUGACAGGACUCAUAAGCCAGUAUGACUAGCAGUGGAAAUGACCUCUUUCACACCCCAAGGAAGAGGGGAUCAAAAUGAACUUGGAUUGACCCAAAUCACAUCUGCUGUAUAACUAGUAGUGCAGAUUGUUUUUGCCAUAUGGUAUAGUAUUUUGUUUUGUAGAACUUGACGAAGCCUGUCAAGAUAUAAACAAGAUAUUUCUGCUGUUUACUGAAAACAGUAAAUAUGGUACAGAAAUUGAAAACAACUG